AUGAGGUUAGCUUAUUUUAGAGAUCAGAAGAAAGCCGAAGAGCUUGAAGCUCGUGUUCGAAUCCCUGAGGCUCGUGCAAAGCUCAUCCAAAGACGAGAUGGUUACAUGUAUUUUCUGGCGAAACUAGUAUGGCAGCCGAGUGGACCCAAGCUUGGUCUCGGUAUCAAGCACUUUCAAAAUCGAGUACUUGUAUCGCGUUGCGAUGCUGGUUCUUUGUCAGCCACUCAACUAGCGGUCGGCGACCAUAUUAUCGAUAUUGAUGGUGUGCCUGUCACCGAUAAGGACGUCGCUAGAGAUCUACUAAUCAAAGCGCUGCAGGAGAAGAAAGAGGUGACAGCUGUAGUGGAGCGACCCGAGUCGAUGGAAGCGAAACACUGGACACAACAAGCUCUUGUCACCCAGGUUUGCCAACCGCCGUCUGUUCAAAUGAACUCGGAUGUGCGUGCCAUAGCAGCUCGUGAACGUGCCAAGGUCAAACAACCGAAACCGGUAUGGCAAUUAUUUUACCGAAUGAAAUCAAAGCUCAGAUCCCCUACGAAUAGUCAAAUACUAGCCAGCCCUACACCUCCGCUUUACGGUAAAGCCGCGAAAGCGGUGUCGCGCGCGGCAGUUGCGGCGGAAAGCACCAUACCCAAUGAUUUCGCAUCCGUGCACAUUUGA